UCUCAGCUUUCGGUUCUUUCUUCCUUCUUUCAUUCCUGAUUUAGCCGACACGUACAAUUUUUUCCUCUUUUUCUCACAAAAAUUUUCCUCAUUUCAUUCUGUUCUUAAUUAUACUCUUCUUUUCGUACACUUUCAUCUCUUCCCACAAACUCCUCCUUUCGUUUUUUUUUUAUUCCUUCAAUCAAUUUUUAAUCUUUGAUUAAACCCCACUUCACUCCAAGAACACGACGAGUUUCUCUUAGCUGCUCUACCAAUCCGCCAAAUCUAGACCCUCCGAUUCCGCCACCCUUUACGACGGCUGGCUUUGAGGACUGUAAUAUGAGCAAGCAUUUUUUGAGGGAAUUGGAAACCCAUUUGAUUGCGAUGAAUCUUUGCGAGUAUAACUAGUGUUCUGCCGUCUUCUAUGCUGUCUCAUUUGAGUAGAAAUAUGGGCUUACUCUGCAGCAGAAAUCGUCAUUACAACGAACAAGAUGCUGAAGAGAAUGCGCAGGCUGCAGAAAUAGAGAGGCGGAUUGAACAAGAAACAGAAGCUGAAAAACAUAUACAAAAACUUCUUCUGCUUGGUGCUGGAGAGUCUGGGAAAUCUACAAUUUUUAAGCAGAUAAAAUUGUUGUUCCAAACUGGGUUUGAUGAGGCAGAGCUAAAGAGCUAUAUUCCAGUCAUUCAUGCAAAUGUGUAUCAGACUAUAAAAGUAUUACACGAUGGUUCGAAGGAGCUUGCUCAAAAUGAUAAAGAGUUCACGAAGUAUGUUUUAUCCAGUGAAAAUAAGGAUAUUGGCGAGAAAUUAUCGGAUAUCGGAGGUAGAUUGGAUUACCCGCGUUUGACUAGGGAGCGUGCACAGGAUAUAGAGACUCUUUGGAAAGAUGCUGCGAUUCAGGAAACAUAUGCUCGUGGUAAUGAACUACAGGUUCCAGAUUGCACACAAUAUUUCAUGGAAAAUUUGCAAAGAUUAUCUGAUGCAAAUUAUAUUCCAACUAAGGAGGAUGUACUUUAUGCAAGAGUCCGCACAACUGGUGUUGUUGAAAUCCAGUUUAGCCCCGUUGGUGAAAAUAAAAAGAGCGGCGAAGUGUAUAGACUGUUUGAUGUUGGUGGACAGAGAAAUGAGAGGAGAAAAUGGAUUCAUCUUUUUGAAGGUGUUACAGCAGUAAUCUUUUGUGCUGCUAUUAGUGAGUAUGAUCAAACGCUUUUUGAGGAUGAACAGAAGAACCGAAUGAUGGAGACCAAGGAACUUUUUGAGUGGGUUCUGAAACAAGAGUGUUUUGAGAAAACGUCAUUUAUGCUUUUUCUCAACAAAUUCGAUAUCUUUGAGAAAAAGGUUCUAAAAGUCCCUCUCAGUGUGUGUGAAUGGUUCAAUGAUUAUCAGCCGGUUUCGACUGGAAAACAGGAGAUCGAGCAUGCCUAUGAGUUUGUGAAGAAAAAAUUCGAGGAGUUAUAUUUUAAGAGCACAGCACCGGAUCGAGUAGAUCGGGUGUUUAAGGUAUACAGAACUACUGCUCUUGAUCAGAAACUUGUAAAGAAAACGUUCAAGCUCGUAGAUGAAACUUUGAGGCGGCGAAAUCUCUUUGAGGCUGGGUUAUUGUGACCUUGUUAACAAAACCUUCCUCACACAGAAAAAUGGAAAAAAAAAAAAAAGAGAAAAAAGAAAAAGGGGUUGCGCUCUUGUUUGAUGAACAAACUUUAUAUUGGAUUGUCAUUUUAAGUAAUUAAAGAGUUGAAGCUGAAGAAGUUGGCAGUCUGAUUCAUUGAUUUUAAAAACAUUUUGUGUCAUAUUAAAUUUUGCCAAAGUUGAAAUCUUUUUAACUAUAUGUAAUUUGAUGUUCCAAAUUGUUGUGAAA